AUGCCCGCUCCAUCCCGUACAAAGGAGGAGAAGGACCUCGAGAAGUUCGCCUCCGCGCGGGUCUGGUGGCAGGCCCAGCGGGCGGCUCCCCGCGACGCCUACCACCUCCCGUCCAAGGAUAUGGUAGUCGCCUUCUCGCCGUAUGACAACGGCGAGGCUCCGCCGCCCCUUCCGCAGCUCUCCAAGGUGGUGGCGGCGGGGCGGCAGCAAGAGGUCGCCAAGGGGCGCGAAUCGCCACUGGGAGACCUCAUCAGUGCCCUCCUCGCGCUGGCCAUCGCAUACGCGGGCCCGCUGCCGGCGAACGCCACACUCGCCGACUGCGACGAGGCGACCCUCGACGUGAUGGACACGAUCACGGGCGAGACGGAAAAGCGCGCCCCGGCGCUGAACUCGUCGAUUGCGGACCUUGCGGUAGACCGCGUCGUCGCUGCGCUCGGGCCUCUGGCCCCGAGCCAGCAGGAGGAGUAUGCGAGGUCCAUCUGGAAUGAGCUGAUCGCGCAGCAUUCGGCGCGGCGCGGAAGCCUGACGGCGGCGCUAGUCGCCACGAUGGCUUCCGCCGAGCUCAUCGCGGCUCGCAAGGACAAGCGAAAGGCGCCUGCGCCGCCGAAGAAGGACGUGGCGCAAGCCGCGAAGGAGCCCACCGCGAGCAAGGGGGGGAAGAAGCCCCGCCAGCCAUCGUGGGAGGGUUUGCCCAUCUGCCCCACCUGGAAGAAGGACGGCGCGUGCCACGCGUACCGGCAGCGCAGGUGCAACGAGUACCGCCACCCGCCCGAGAUGAAGAAGAAGACGGCGGAGCGCUCGGAGGCGCCCGCGGCUAACGAAGAGUAG